AUGCAUCUCAACCUUCUUUUCCUGGCGAGCGCGGCCAUGGCCACCCUGGCCCAUCCAGGCCCGCACGAAUCCCUCUCCCACUCUACGCUCCAACGCCGAAACAUGCAAGGCAAACGCUGUUCCGAACACGUCGCCAGCUUCAACAAGCGCCGUAUGGCCAAACGGUCCCUGGCCAAGCGUUGGGAAGGAUCCGAUCACAACACGACCUACGAGAUCCAUACCGAAGCUCCCUUCUACGAGACAAUCAACAACGACACUUGCGUCCUAGCUCCGGAGGUAACUCGUGGUCCCUACGUGUGGCCCCGGUCCCAGACCUUGCGUCAGGAUAUGACGGAAGACCAAGUUGGUGUCCCGCUCUGGCUGGAUAUCGGUGUGAUUUCGAUGGACACCUGCGAGCCGCUUCCGGAUGCACUGAUCGAUUUCUGGCACUGCAAUUCUACGGGGUCUUAUUCUUCUUUUACUGGGCUCUCUCCAAAUACGCCGUUCGAGGAGCUUCUCACAAAUAUGAAUAUCACGGAUUAUGAUCUUGGUGUUACGGAUUUGCAUACUGGUGAUACGACAUGGUUGAGGGGGAUGUGGCCGACGGAUGCGAAUGGAAUGAUGGAGAUGAAGACUAUCUUCCCUGGCUUCUAUGUCGAGCGUGCAAUCCACAUUCAUGUUCAGGUUUACAUCCACUGGACAACCCGCGAAAACGGUACAGUCGUCGCAGGAAACACCGUCAGUACCGGACAACUUUAUUUCGACGAGCAACUCGAAGAGAAGAUUAUGGCUAUAGAUCCCUACUUCUCCCACACCGAGAUCAAACGCACCACCAAUGCCAAGGAUUCAAUCUUCUCCCAGGGAUUUGACGGCGGGUAUAACCCCGUCAUCUCCGUUGUUCCUGCCGACGGCAAGGACGUCAAGAAUGGCAUGAUUAGAUAUGUCACUAUUGGUGUCGACACAUCCGAUAUUGAGACGUUUAAUUAA